AUGCCAAACCAUGUUGAAUAUGACCCUGGCGUUCCUACAUUCAAACAUUCGGAUAAGUUCGAAGCGAAGUCUCUUGUGCGAGAGAUGCAGCGCGAAGCUGCGCAGGCCGAGCGAGCUUGGGAAGAACGAUGCUCCCAGCGCGACAACAAUAAGCAGUUUUUUCAGAAUUUGAACCGAGAAGAGGCUGCCCUUGAUUUGAAGCUGCGCAUCAGUCAUUUCAAGAACAGGGAGCCUGCACAGUUCACGAUAACUGAACACGGCGAGAAGAUGGGCACUGCGCUUUUGAAUACGUACAACGCAGAUUUGGGUUCACGCAAUUAUGGAAUGAAGGAGCUUCGGCGUCUGGAACGCGUGAAGGCUAGAACUGAGAAGAAAAUUGAAAAGGCAAUGGCAAAGAAAAAUAAACGUGAAACUGUGGCCUCGUGGCCACCACCGAAUCCAGAUGGUCAAGAGGCCAGCGAAAAAACGAAAGAGGAAAAGAGUGCCAAAGAGUCUAUCGCGUCGUUUGAAGACGACAAGGAGGACCAGUCGCUUAAAAAUCUUCCAACUGCCCUGGCCAAACGACUAGCUGCUCGUAAAAAUUUCCGGAAGCGUCGUAUCUCCGACUCAGAGAAGAAGCCUUCUAUUCCGGAUGGAUUUGAUCCCAGCAAAGCAGAAGCUGCUGCUCAGGCGGCCAUGGUAGCAUUUGACUUCAGCACGGUCGGCCUUGACGCAUCCAAAUUAACGAAGCUGAUGAACGAGCCCGAGGAAAAGGAGGAAAAGAGGCCUGCAAAGAAGCUGGCGACAUCGCUCGAGAAGAACGAAAAACUUGGAAGCUUCGUGAAUAUGCCAUCAGAAGAGCCACUGAACAUUCCUGGACUGCCGAUUGGAUGGAAAUUCGGAGAUCCAAUGCCAGAAGGAACUCCGGUGGAAGAGGAGAAGCCACCGGAAAAUCAGAAUCCCCUCGAAGUCGUUUCAAAAGCAACAAAUGCAAAAAAGAAGAGACGGCCGAAGCAACCACUCAUUUUUGAGGCGGAUGCGAUGGGAGCUUUGGUGGACCCGUCGCGCUUCACUAGCAAGAAUCACAUCGAACAGAAAAAUCUAACGCCUCGUGUGAGAUUGAGUGAUGCCAAACAGGAAGAGAAAAAUUCAGCCCAACCUCCGCCACAAUCCACCACACCAAAAGUGAUCGUUGCCCCUGCCAUAAAACGAUCGACGAAUACUUAUUCCGAGGCUGAUUUUGUAACGAGCUACACGGCAAAACCAAGCCAUACAAACUAUGGAGGACAGGCGCGUACCUACGGAACAUACAACGCUUCUGAUUUAACAAUCUCGCAAGGGAGGAACAAAUACAAUAGAUACAAAGGAGGCGGAGUCGGCGGAGGAGGAUAUCGAUAA